AUGCCGAAAAAGACUCGCUCGAAAAAUAAGAGCCAUAGUGGCGUGGAUAAGAAGGGUAAGAUUCUAAAAACCAAACGGAAAACCAAGGAUCUCGAUGAAAUUCAAGCAACUAUGGCUGCUGAUACAGCUCGUCAACUAUUAAAUCAGCCGAUUGAUUAUGAUGUGCCAGGCGCUGGACAACAUUUUUGUCUCUAUUGCGCACGAUAUUUUAUCGAUGAUCACAAUUUACAACAUCAUUUGAAAAGUAAAGUGCAUAAACGACGUGUGAAGGAUUUAAAAACAGAAGCAUACACAUUGGAAGAAGCUGAACGAGCAGCUGGAAAAGGACAGUAUCGACCACCAAAGCCUGUUCAUGUGCCUGAUGAUCAAAACAGUCUUUAUCAAAUGGAAAUGGAUUCUGCUGAGAAGAUUGUUUCGUCAGAAAAUAAAUAA